UUGUGCAAUCGACAGCGGAUCAACUAAAUUUUAUGGCUAAAGAAACUGAACCCCGCACGCGGAGUCUAUAAAUACCUUCGGUACACGAUUCUCUCUUAUCUGGCUGCCGCUUUCAGGUUGCAAUUUUCACGCUUUACCGGAACUCACAGAACCGGACCCUAAUAAACAGAUAUCGAAUUGUUUCAUGUUAUCUUCUUAAGAAUCUGAUUAUCAAACCCUCGAUUGCUUCUAAAAACCCUAGUUUAGCUUUGAUCGCCUACAACAUGGGAGACUACAACGAUCCCUUCAUGCGCAAUCAAAACGCCGCCGUUCAGGCCCGUACCAAAGCUCAGAAUCGCGCUAAUGUUCUUCAGCUUAAGCUGAUUGGGCAAAGCCAUCCUACUGGCUUAACAGCGAAUCUUCUGAAGCUAUUUGACCCUCGACCUCCGCUGGAGUAUAAACCGGUCAUUGAGAAAAGAAAAUGCCCACCACUUACAGGAAUGGCACAGUUUGUGAAUAACUUUGCUGAGCCAGGAGAUCCUGAGUAUGCUCCACCUGUACCAGAGCCUGAAACUCCUGCACAAAGAAGAGCUAGAAUCCAUAAGCUACGACUAGAGAAAGGCGCAGAAAAGGCUGCUGAAGAACUUCAGAAAUAUGACCCCAAUAAUGACCCUAAUAUUUCAGGAGAUCCAUACAAGACAUUGGUUGUCGCUAGGCUUAGUUACGAGACUACUGAGAGUAGAAUCAAAAGGGAGUUUGAGUCUUAUGGACCAAUUAAAAGGGUCCGUUUGGUUACUGAUAAAGAGACAAAUAAACCCAAAGGCUAUGCAUUCAUUGAAUACAUGCACACGCGGGAUAUGAAAGCUGCAUACAAACAAGCUGAUGGGAGGAAGCUUGAUGGCAGAAGGGUGCUUGUGGAUGUUGAGCGUGGUAGAACGGUUCCAAAUUGGCGUCCUCGCAGGCUAGGUGGUGGACUUGGAACAACCAGGGUUGGAGGUGAAGAAGUUAAUCAAAAGUAUUCUGGAAGGGAGCAAGAGCAAUCAAGAGGACCAUCUCGGUCUGAGGAGCCUAGGAUACGAGAGGAUCGUCAUGGUGAUCAAGAAAGAUCCCGUGAAAGAGGAAGGGACAAAGACAGGGAACGGGAGAAGUCUCGUGAGCGCUCCCAUGAUAGGCCAAGGGAUCGUGAUCACAGAGAUGAUCGACACCAUAGAGAUCGUGAUAGGAAUAGAGAAAGGGAGAGGGAGAGAGACCGGGGUCGGGACCGUGACAGAGAACGUGAUCGAAUCCGUGAUCAUGAUCGUGGUCGGGAUCGUGGACGUGAUCAUGAGCGUGACAGAGAAAGCGACCGUGACAGGGAGCGUGAGCGUGAUCGUGAUCGUGAUCGCAUUCGUGACAAGGGCAGGGAUUAUGAACUUGGUGACUUUGAGCAUGACCGUGGAUAUUCCCAUGAUAGGGAUGACUAUGAUCUUGUUGAAUCAAAACGUGAUCGAGAUCGACAAGGAGAAAGAAACUACGAUCAUGGUGAUGAGGAUGAUGGUGAGUGGUAUGAACACCCUGACCAUUAUGAACGUCAUCGAGGAUAUGCUCAUGGUGACCAUGAUCAUUAUAAUCAGUAUCAUGACAAUGAUCAUGAUCGAUAUGAUAAAAUGGAGGAUGAUUACCAUUAUGACCAUGCAGUGUCUGAGUCACAGGACAGGGAGCGUACUCGAGAUCUUGACCGUGAAUACUGAAUUUCAGAAGGUCACUUUCCUAGUGUAGCUCUGAAGCUAGAGUUUACUGAAACUUUGAACGUGCAGGUAAGGUUUAUAGGAGUUUACUUGUCGCUAUUUUAUGAUCUUGAUAUGUCCCUAUAUUUGCAUUAUCGUAUGAAGGAGUUAAGAUUGUUUAAGAUGUAAGCCAGAAUUAUCUUUUCGGAGAUGGCAGUCAGAUUUGUGUUUUGUUCAA